AUGAUUGAUGAUAAUGGAAGGAUGCUUCUAUUCUCACAAUCAGAUAUGCAAAUAAUUGUUAUGGAAGCUCGAACAUAUCUUGAAUUCUAUAAUCUCACGGAAUUCCCUCAACGAGCUUUUGUGAUUCUUUCAGCGAGAGAUGGUGGCAAUAUCCUCCGCGAUGAGUAUGUUGAUGAGGUACUUCGGUUCGAUCGGUUGAUGACAAACUCAUUAUCGGAUCGAGUUGAGAUGCCAGAACGAAGUUGUUAUCCACUUUGCCAAUUGAACAGACCAUUUCAUAUGGUUUUGGUAAGUUUAACUUAAGG